AUCGGGCAAGCUGUGUGUGGGGGUGAUGGCUGCCCAACGGGGCCACUCGUGGGGAACCCGGCCGGGAGAGGGGGUUGGAGGUGGGGGUCGAGGGGCGGGCCAGUGUGGAGGCGUUGGGGACGGAGAGGGGGAGCUGGCCAUGGAGCAGCGUGGGGGUCGGGGAGCAUGGCUCCGCCAAGAAGGCCAGGGCCUUGGCUGCCCCCCUGGACACUACCGGGACCUGAGGGUGGGGGUGGGGAAGUGGUGCUCCUGGGGCAUGGGGACGGGCAUGGGGGUAGAGGGGAAUCUCGACGUGAGGCUGCAGGGGGGCCGGGUCGGCCUCAGCGUCAAGCGUGAGUCUCUGCCGGCCCUGCCGGCCCUGCUGUGUGUUUCCCCCGCGUUUGCUGCGGCCCCUGCCGCCCCUACUGGCCGUGCUAUGGCCCUCCCUGCUGCUUCAGCUGCAGCCUCACCUUCUGCCUUUGAGGCCACUGCUGUCCCCUCUCCCACUCUAGCCCCUGCCGUACCCUCUCUUGCUACAGCCGGGGCGGCACUCUCCCUCGCACCAGUCCCCGUUACCCCCUUCCCCGCUGCACCCGUAGCACCUCCCCCUAUACCAGCCCCCACUGUGGCCUCUGUCGCUCCUGCUGCAGUCCUUGCAGCCUCGACUGCUGCAGUCUCCGACACAGCAGCAGGUUCCGUGGCCCCUACUCCUGCAAAACCUGUCUCCAUGGCCUCUGCCCUUUGCCUGGCCAGAGUCACGGUCCCUGCUGCCCCUUCCCCCACAACCCCCAUUGCCCCUUCCCGUGCAGCCUUUGCUGCCCCAUCCUCUGCAGCCUCUGCUGCUCCUUCACACACAAACUCACUUACCCCUUCCCGUGCAGUGUCAGCUGCAAGUCCCCCCCUGGCUCUGCCCUCUCCCGCUUCUAUGUGCUUGGGGAUGCGGGGGGUGGCUCGGCUGCGGGACCUCCCAGAUCGCCGAGGGGCUCCCGGGUCUGCCUUUCCCCCACUCGCGGGGUGCUGGGGCAUUGUUACAGAGGCAGCAUGCCUGGCGGUGGCGGUGUGA